AUGGACUUGGAUUGUCCCAGAUGCAAGACCAGGCUCCCAUUUUGCCUGGCCACUGGGAGGCAUAUAAUAGUGACAGACUUGACCAAAUGUCCCAAGUGUCACUUUCCUGCCAUCAAGACAGAGUUCAACAAACUGUUGCUGGGGGAGAACCCAGAACCCUGUCCAAUGUGUGGCCAAAGGGUGGACCCAGAGUCCUUGGAGCAAUUAUCUAAUGCCAAGGAAUUUCUCACUCAUGGUGCUGAAUGAGACAAAAUUGUUCUCAUCACAUACGCAGAAAUU